AUGGCGUCCCUCAAUCUCUCCAUAAACGGCCCGUCCAUCAAGAGCAGCUACAAUGGCGUUGUCAACGGCCCCCCGCCAUCAUCCGACUCUCCCACCUAUGCCCAUUGGGCACUCUUCUCAGUCCAGGCCCCUCUUAUGAGUGCCUUCCAAGACAGCGGUGCCAAGGAGAGCAUUCUCAAGGUUCAAAGCACAGGCGAUGGCGAACUUGCCGACCUCAUUGAGGAUUUCAGCGAAGGUCGCAUUCAAUUCGCUUUCGCUAGAGUCAAGGACCCCAACAGUGGCCUCCCCAAGAGCAUCCUGAUCGCAUGGUGCGGGGAGGGUGUCCCCGAACGAACCAAAGGCUACUUCACCAGUCACCUCGCCGCAGUUUCAAAGGUCCUCCACGGAUACCAUGUUCAGAUUACCGCUCGCUCCGAAAGAGAUCUCGAAGUUGACUCUAUCAUGCAAAAGGUGGCCGACGCUUCGGGCGCCAAGUACUCGGCCGCCAGCUCUGACGGCCCUCGUUCCAGCGCACCGCCUCCCGUCAAGACAAAGCCCGUCUUCACCCCCACCACAUCCAGCCGAGCCAACCCUAUCGUCGCUGCUCGAUCCAAGAAGGAUGAGAAUGUGGAUGAGGACGGCUGGGGUGCUGAUGCUCCUCCUGUCACAAGGUCUCAGAUUGAGAAGGUCGAGUCCGCUUACAAGCCCACAAAGGUCAACAUUGCCGAUCUUAGCAAGCAACCGACCGCAACUACCAGCGGAAGUGCCCCUGUCCAGCGAGACGAUACACCUAGCGAUGUGGUCAAAGGCGGCUACCAACCCGUUGGAAAGGUCGAUAUUGCUGCCCUUCGCGCCCAAGCUCAAAGGGAUCAGGAUGAUAGACCGACUCCUGUAAAGGGUUCUUAUGAGCCUGUUGGAAAGGUAGAUAUUGCUGCUAUCCGCGCCCAUGCAAAGAAGCCCGCCGCUUCCGAGGAGCCUCAAGAGGAUGAGACCACAAAACCGGUCGCCGAGCGUAUGGCUGCUUUCUCGCAGCCAUCACAAUCUGAGCGCAUGACCUCGCUGCCCAAACCCAAGGUCGCCAACAAAUUCGGAGGUGCAGCAAGCUUCUCAGGUACCAAGGCUCCCACGCCCGGUGGCUUAGGUUUUGGAGCUCCUGCUCCUGAGAAGUCUGCUCCCAUCGGUGCCGCCAGCCGGACAUUUGCGGACCAAGGCGGGAAGACCCCAGCCCAGCUCUGGGCUGAGCGAAAGGCCAGGGAGAGGGGUGAGUCUGUCGGUAGCAACAGUGCCCCGACUCCGGCUCCUGCCGCUGCUGGUAGCGCUUCUCCUGUGCAGGCCCAGAAGAGUGGAAAUGAGUGGAAGAGUGGUUACGCUGGCAAGAGCUGGGCUCCUGUUCAGACUGGAGACUACGGCAGAGGCAUUCCUGGACAAAUUAGCCAGGAGAACACAGGCGAGCAGAACGAGGACACACCAGCAUCGCCAUCUGGAGUAUCCGCUCUACGAGACCGAUUCAAGGACACGAUCCCCAUUAGUGCUGGGGCUCCUCCUCCUCCUGCAGCCCGUCCUGCCCAAGAUGACGAUUCACCACCACCACCAGUUCCUAGUGAUUCUCGACCUUCUGGAGGCUUUGCCCUCCCUGGUCUGCCCAACCGACCCGUACCCAAGGAUGAGCAGUCGGAUGACGAGCGUGAGGACCCCUCUGCCUACCAAACAGCCGCAGAGCGAGGACGUUCUCCUUCACCUCCUCGUGUUGCUGUCCCUGUCAGCCGUGGGCCCGAGCCUGAUGUUGGAACUCCUCCUGAGCAACGUGCUCCUCCCCCGAUCCCCCCUAGCCAGAUUGAUGUGCCCAAGGAGUCGGAGCUUGCUGAUGACAAGGAGGUCUCCUCCACCGCCCGCUUCGCUGGUGGUGCGGCUGCUGGUGUCGCCGUAGGGGCUGCUGCUGGUGUUGGAGCUGCUGCCGCCGCUGGUGCUUUCGAUCGUGAGCCCAGCCCUGAGCCUCAGCCUGAACCCGAGCUUGAGCGUGCUCCCUCGCCUGCUCCGCAACAAGCUCCUCAGCCAGCUCAAGAAGCCCAGGGUGGAUACCGUGCUGUGAUCCAGUACGAUUAUGAGAAGGCCGAGGACAACGAGAUUGAACUGGUCGAGGGUGAUAUUGUCACCAACAUUGAGAUGGUGGACGAGGAUUGGUGGAUGGGUACCAACUCCCGAGGCGAGAGCGGUCUCUUCCCCAGCAACUACGUUGAGCUGAUUGGGGAUGACGAGCCCGAGCAACCGGCUUCCGCUGCGGCACCACCUCCCCCUGUCCCUGCGGCUGAGCCCGAGCCCGAGCCUCAAGCUCCUGCUGCCGCCCAGGCUGAUGCCGGCCACACGGCCGUCGCCCUUUACGAUUACGAGGCUGCGGAAGAUAAUGAACUAAGCUUCCCUGAAGAUGCCACAAUUACCAACUUGGAAUUCCCAGACGAGGACUGGUGGUUUGGUCAAUACAAUGGUCACACUGGCCUGUUCCCUGCCAACUACGUCCAGCUCAACCAGUAG